AUUUGCAUUUUCACCACGGUAGUGAUACUAGACAAUUUCAGGAGUGAAAAUGGAGGAACCUCCAACUAAAAAGUGGAUCAAGAGAAGGACUGAAAAGAUGCAAGUAUAUUUUCUGGUUAUUAACUUUGCAAAGAUGUAGUCUUUAUCCUUACAGCUUCUUCAAAGGAGUAUCAGAAAAUGGACAAUCUGAGCUAAAAUACCAUUUUUUGUGUGAAAAAUUCCAUUAUUUUAAUAAUUUUCUUUUUUUUUUUUACUGUAUCCACUCUCAUACCAGUUCCACCUUGUCCCUAGAUUAUAACUGUCCCUGACUGGUCACCCUACACCCAUCUUAAAAAGCAAUUACUGUGUCAAUUUACCAUCAGAUAACAUUAUAAACAUUUGGUCACACACUGUCACAGCAUCUCAAAUUAACACCUUACAGUUUUAUAGCAUUUUUCAAAGGAUUCUCUCACAUGUCACCUCACAUUAAUCUCAUCUUCCCAUCCAGUAGAGAAAAAAAAAAAAACAAAAACUUCAUAUGCAGUAUUGUCCCUCUUACUGAUGAGAAAAUUGAGGCAUAUUGUUGGACAUAAUUGGCUUAGCCUUAUUAUCUAACUUCAUAUGGGUUAUUACUAAAAAAAUCAGAAUCGUCAUCUAAAGCCAAUGCAGUAGAUGCAUAACAGAAAUCUGAGAUUUAGAAAUAAUUUUUGCCUCUUGGUCCUCAUAUAAGGGUAAGCAUAAAGUCAGGACAGAUGAUGUUAUUCUUGGGUAUUGGUUCUUGUAAAUGCAAUUUGUGAUGUCAAAUGUAUACUGUAUUACAUUAAUGUAGUCCAAAGUAGAGAAGCAUAAUUAGAUCACACAAAAUGUUAUCAAAAUAUACAAAGAUAAGAAAUAAAAUGAAUUCAAUUUAAAAAAACCAUUUGUGCAUCAUUCUGUAUUCUUCACAGGAUGCCCUGUGGGUCUCUAUAGGAUCUUCUUGAGAUUCUGUGAUCAUUCAGGUAAGUGACUUUUUCAUUGUGAACUUACUGGAUUUUACAUUUAAAUUAAUGGCCAUUUUAAGGAAAGAUUUAUCUGUCAUUUCCUUUACAUCUUUCACAGUGCCUGGGCUGAGAACACAGUAGUAGCUUUUUUAUUUCUUUAGAGCAGCUACAUCUGUAACUGAUACUGAAGUUUCUUGUUCCCAAGGCCCAUGUACCCACGGGUAAACCUGACUUCGCUGCAGUGAGACAGUGGGAUUCCUUAAGGUAAACCAGUGCAUUCCAACCUCUGAGUGUCUCAGCAGUUCAGGUGUCUGACUCUGAGCACACAGCUUCUCCACCAUAACCUGCCCCGACGUGGGGUGGCUGGCUUCCCAGCAGUCUUCUGGACACUUCAGUCUGAUGAUCACCUUCAGUUCCUGGAAAUUUUAGUGACUUUGGUUGUGAAGAUGCUUCCUGGGCUUGGUCUUCGACAAUGAAAAUAGAAGAUGGUGCCUCACCUUUGAGAAAAGAGGUGGGUCAGACUAUAAAAAUCGCCCCAGACAAGGACGUCUGACACGUUUAUCUGUGCAAGAAGCACGUAAGCGCUAGUUAACAGGCGCCUCCCUGCCGCCCUUCCCCUGCCCCUCCCCAGCCGCCCCCUGCCCCCGCCAGGACAGCGCCAAAUCUCAGCGAUGCGCGUGCUGGCUGUAGACACACCAGAGGCUGAAGGCACACAGGGCUGAGUUGGGCCUAAUGACUAAUAUUUUCCCCACCCGGAGCGACAUUCACGGAUUGAUAACUAUUUUCCCCUCAAACCAAGCAAAAUCAGCAGUACUUCCCUGCUUUGCGCCAGAACUUGAAGAUGAACAAAAUAGUCUUUCGGAGAGGCCUGAGUCCAGCUCGGGGCUUCAGACCAGACCGGGCUGCAAAGGAUGAAGCGAGAUGGCAGAGAUGAGGGCAGUGAAUACAUUUAAAGGGAGAGCCGGGCCCUGGAGGAAGGGACAAAGAACCAGGACCCUCUAAGGAGGGAUCAGGGGUUGAAUUAACAAGAGAUUCAUAAAAGAAGGCUUGUGAAUCUGAGAAGAGCUAUGGCUUUAAGCUGCAACCUGAAACAAUUAAACUCUGACCAUACGUUCUUUAAAAAGUGGUGAAGUGGAUGACAUGUAAAAAAACUACCCCCCCGCCCCGCCCCGCCCUGAAAGCAGUAAAGGAAGGGCCCUCUUUCCAAGUCCAGAUUCUGUAACCGCGGGUUUGGUUCUGGGGUAAACCGCCGCACAUCUCUUUCCAACUCCUGGCUGGGCAGUUAAGAGGGUUUUAAAAACACAUCAUCCUUUGGUCCACAGCCGCACUUCGAGAACAUCCUAUACCGCAGGCUCUUUCGCGGAUUUACUUGCGGUCAAGAGCACCCAAAAGUCAGCAGGCAGGAUUCCAGGACCUUAGCCUGAAAGCGGGGACGGCAUACUUAGGGAGGCGGGGGACCUGGGCACAUGUUCUGCUGCAGAAAGGGCGAGCCGCGGGCAGCCUGGGUCCCCCGGGUCCCGAGCUCGCAGACGGGCGGUGGCCGCAGGGGACCCGCGCUCAGGUGGAGCCAGCCUCGCUGCAGCUGCGCCCCAACCCCUCCCCGCCCCCACCGACGCCCCGGGCCCUUCCCUUCGCCCCGCCCCGCGCCCGAGGACCCGCCCGGGAUGGGGGCGCGGGCCGAAGCGCUGGAGCCGCGCCAGGCUCGGGGUCCUGGGUGCGCAGCGGCUCUCCCGCCCUGCGGCCGGGGGCGGAGCGGUCCCCCCUCUCACCCCCAACCCACCCCUUCCAGGCCCGUCACCCUCCCCGCUCCCUCCUUUCCUUCCCGCUUUCCCCGGAGAAACAUGGCCGGGAACCGUGAGGAGGCGCCAGACUACGGGCGAGGCGUCGUGAUUAUGGAUGACUGGCCAGGGUAUGAUUUGAGCUUAUUCACGUACCCACAGCACUACUACGGAGACCUGGACUACGUGCUCCUCCCUCAUGGCAUCAUUGUGGACAGAAUUGAACGGCUGGCUAAGGAUAUUAUGAAAGACAUAGGAUACUGUGACAUUAUGGUCCUGUGUGUACUCAAAGGAGGCUACAAGUUCUGUGCAGAUCUGGUAGAACACCUAAAGAACAUCAGUCGAAAUUCUGAUAGAUGUGUCUCUAUGAAGGUUGAUUUCAUCCGACUAAAAAGUUACAGGAAUGACCAGUCCAUGGACGAGAUGCAGAUCAUUGGAGGCGAAGAUCUUUCGACUCUGGCUGGAAAGAAUGUCCUCAUUGUUGAGGAUGUUGUUGGAACUGGGAGAACCAUGAAAGCCUUGCUCAGUAGCAUAGAGAAGUACAAGCCCAACAUGAUCAAGGUAGCCAGUUUGUUGGUGAAGAGAACACCUAGAAGUGAUGGCUUUAGACCUGACUAUGCUGGAUUUGAGAUUCCAAACUUAUUUGUGGUGGGUUAUGCCUUAGAUUACAAUGAAUACUUCAGAGAUCUAAAUGCCUGCGGAGACUAUGAACACAGCCACCUCCCCAGCCUCCUGUGCCAUGAACUUGGAUCGGCCCAGCGGACACAGAAGCCCUCUCAAUGCCCCCCUGAGAUGUGCCUGUCUCGUGCAAGAGCUAUGGAUGCCAUUCCAUCACAGACAUGGGAAGGAGGAGAUUACCUGCACAGGUGGCUUCACAGGAGACGCUGGGUUCCCUUUGGCCCACCUAUCAGAGGACACGCAUGUAGGUCAUCAGAACGAGAAAUACCCGCUCCCGGGUUGAACAUGGGCGGCCAGGAGGACUGGGACAGUGAGCUCCCAGACAGACAUCCAGGCCCAGCAGUUGCAGCCACCCCCUCUGUGUGUGUAGACGUGACAGCCUUAUGGCCCUCACAUUGAGCCUAGGGUCAACAAGGGCAGCCCUGGAGACCUGAUCAUUUCAUCUUAGUCACAAUGCCUACGUUGUUGGUUGAUAAACACUGGUGCUUGAAGACUUGCUUGUAUAACAUGAACCAACCAUCUGGGCUGUUCUUGGGACUGCAGUGCUGAUCGUCAGAACAUCGAACACAAGGAGCCAAAAGGUAAACAUUCCCAUAAAGCAUAUGUGUGUGGAUAUGUAUGUAAAUCUGUGUGUAUAGACUUAUCAGUAUCAAUCACUAACAAACGCAAUUUCUCUGUCUUUGCCAACAAAUUUCCAAGUGGGAUGUAAUUUAAAACGUGAGUUAAAUAAAUACAGAUACGUAGAUGUCAGUUCGGUGCCUCGCUGGCUACAUUUCCAGUUUUCACUGUUCGAUGUCACCCUGCGGUUCAUUCCCAGAACAAAGAAGGAAGUGAACUUGCCCACUUCCAGCCACUAAAUGCUGCUUCGCUUGUUCACCAACAGAAAGGAGUGUGGAAAUAUUGAAGGAAAAUGCUUCCCUGGGAAGCAUUCAUAGGAGUCCGUCACUUUCUCCUGGGACACUUAAUUCUUUUUCCAAUCAGGAAAGGAUUCUCUUGAUAAUCAGCUUACCCAUUUCUUCUCCACUCUUCCCUCCCAACUGUGAUUUGGAGGUUGGAAGGACAACAAAAAUAACUUCACAGAGAAGACUAAGGAUUACUCACUAAUUAUGUUCCCUUCCCACUCAUCCGUCUUGCCAAUCUUGAGUUUUGCCAACUUUUUUUUAAAUGUUAAAAAGCAGAAGGAGGAGAAGGCAGCAGAGAACGGGAACAGAUGAGGCCUUAAAUCAAACGUGUUUUCAUGGUCCCAGCAAGGUGUGUUCUCUCAUGUAGCGAAUGGCAACCUGAGGUCUACUUGCUUAAGGCCAGUGUCUAAUAGCAGUAGAUGGAGCAGCCCCUUCAGGAUGGAGGAUGAACCAAACUAACAUUAACUCUUUAACACAAUUAUUGUUCUUCAGGGUAUCCAGUGAAAAACAGAUUUGAACAAACACAAUGUAAAAAACUUCAAUGAAAAGAAAUCUGUGAAACAAAAUUCAUAGGAAUGAGUCACUUGUCAAGAGCAUCUUUGCAAAACACUUGGGACUUCCCUGGUGGUCUGGCGGUUAAAACUCCUGGCUUCCAAUGCAGAGGAACAUAAUUCCUGGUCAAGGAAUUAAGAUCCCACAUGUGGUGCGGCCAAAAAAAAGAAAAAUAACCACACUCUAAAGUGGAGGUCUUCAAACAUUUUUGCUCACAGCUCACCUUUCUUUCCAAAGAAUUUUGAAAAGUUCUGCACUCCCUCACCUGUUUUAAAGAUAACUUCCACAGUUUUUCCAUGUAAGUAUCCAUGGUUGCCAAGGGUGUAAUUUCCAGCAGAUUGCAAAUGUUAAUGUUUUAAAAGAAAAGUACACAUCACUUUGAAAUGUGUCUGAUGGAAUCUAAACAUGUAGACAACUUGAUACUCAUUUUCAUCUGUUACCAAAAAAAUACAUGAAAAUUCUUAUGUAAUAUCUGGAGACAGUAUGUCCUUUAUUUUUAUUUUUUCCGUCUGCCAUAUAAUUUUGUCCUAAUGAAAUGUACUUUUAUCCUUGAAAGUCUUUGAUUAGUCACACUGUUAGGCUUCUCUGUAACAAAAUAGGUUUACAAACUGUGCUUCUGGCUGGAAUUUGGGAGGAGGAUUGGAGAUAGAUUUAUGGUUCAAGGGAGUGAAGCACCCCUAGGAAAGUGCUCACCAGGUUGCUUCAGCGUCAUGCUCAGUGUGAGAAGAGCGAACAGCAUGGUGCCCAGGACCCAGGAGUUUCCACUGGUCCAUCCCCUGUGAGCAAACUGCAGCGACUCAGCGGGUGAGAGGAGGAGGCAAAUAAAAUUUGAAAGUGCUGUUAUCUCGCAAAACUCUCUGUGAGACUUCAGGAACAUGGACUUCCCUGGUGUUCCAGUUGUUAAGAAUCCACCUGCCAAUGCAGGAGACACAGGUUCAAUCCGUGGUCUGGGAAGAUCCCACAUGCCGUGGGGCAACUUAGCCCCUGCACCAUAGCUGCAGAAGACUAUGUGCUCUAGAGCUGGUGCUCUGCAACAAGAGAAUCCACCACAAUGAGAAGACCACACACCUCAACUGGAGACGAACCCCCCACUUGCUGCAGCUCGGGAAAGCCCGCUCAUAGCAACAAAGACCCAGCGCAGCCAAAAGCUUAAAAAAACAGACUUCAGGCACAUAAAGCAGCACUAGUUUAGCCUGAAGUGUGAGAGUGUGGCCUGAAAGUGGGAGGAAAGGUCUGUACCUGCUUUAGGGAGGCCAGUCCUGGGCAUCAUGGACACAGUGCACCCUGGGAACAGCCUGCAUACCAGCCUCUGUAGCCCGAUUCUGGUGGUGGCUGCCCCAUGGGGGUGGAAGAACCCACCCCAGAAGUAGCACUAGGGCAACAUCUGUGGGCAGCAGCCCCAUUGGCAGGCCCAUGAUGACGGCCCUGACUGGGCAGACACACCCCAACAUCAGAUGCAGCUUCCCCAGAGCGGCGGUGCCUUCAGCAGUUGCCUUGUGUCAGUGGCAGCUAAUGGGAGCACCCUUGACCAAGUAUCAGGUCUUCUGCUCAGCUGAGGUUGAGGGGUUUUGCUGCAACUUCCCGGGCGAUGUUACAGAUGGCCAACACAGGAAAGACUUGCUUGCAAACUCAUGUGAAAUACCAUUUGGGUCCCCCUCAAAAACAUUGAUAUGAACUUUCAAGAGU